CAACGUUAUGUCACGGAGGUUCGUAUGAGUCGUGACUCCAACUUUAGACCGUAAAAGCUGGGCAUCCUAGGGUUGAAUGCAGAAGACGGUGGCUGUCCUGGGAGGGGGGAUCGGGGGCUUGUCAGCCUGCUUCCACCUCAGCAAGAGCCCCCAGGUCUCCAAGAUAGUGCUGCUGGAGGGGGAUGGACGGUUCGGAGGCUGGCUAAGCUCAACUCGUAGGGAGGAUGGAGCUGUGUUUGAACAUGGACCCAGAGGGAUACGACCUGCAGGAGCCGUGGGACGAAACACACUCAACAUGGUGGAAGAGUUGGGGCUGGAGAGCGAGGUCCUCCCAGUCACCUAUGAUCACGUGGCCUCUAAGAACCGUUACCUCUACGUGGGAGGCCAGCUACACAAGAUGCCUUCUGGCUUAGGUGGAGUAGUGCGUACAGUCCCUCCGUUCUCUCGUCCUCUGAUCCAGAGCGUACUGAAGGAGAUACUGAUCAGCAGAGGAAAGGAGGAGGAUGAGUCUGUUCAUUCCUUCGUGUCGAGAAGGCUGGGCACUGAGCUUGCAGACAUUGCCAUCGACAGCCUGUGCAGGGGAGUGUUUGCAGGGGACUGCAGGAAGCUGAGUGUGCGCUCUUGUCUCCCGCCACUCUACAACGCAGAGAAGGCCAGAGGUUCCAUCGUACUGGGGUUGUUGCUGGGCUCAGGCCCUGGACCAGACGUACCCCCCUCUACCCUGGCCAAGAGGGCCGCUCAGGAGAACUGGGCCCAGUGGUCACUGAAGAGGGGCUUACAGAACCUUCCAGAAGCCCUGGAGGAGAGGAUGAGGAAUGGGGGAUGUGUAGAGGUGCACAGAGACACCCCUGUGACGGGGCUAAGUACUAAUGGCACCGGCUGGGAGAUUCAACUGGAGGACGGCACCAUCAAAGCUGAUCAUAUCAUUUCUGCUCUACCCGCAAAAGCUCUGGCCUCAGCACUGCCCUCUGCUGCACAGCCCCUGUCACAGCAGCUACUGGAGAUCGCCACAGUGACCGUUGCCGUGGUAAACCUGGAGUACGAGGGUUCCGUCCUGCCUGUCACGGGCUUUGGCCACCUGGUGCCAUCCUCAGAAGACAGAGGUCUCCUAGGGGUGGUCUAUGACUCUGUGCCCUUCCCCCAGCACAACCGCACUGUAGGACCCACCACCAGACUAACAGUGAUGAUGGGCGGGGCCUGGUUCCAGGAAGUGUUUGGAAAUCCAGAUGAAGUGACUGAGCAGCUCCUCCUGGAUAGGGCCACCCAGGCCGUGACAUCACACCUGGGCGUUACCACACCACCUAUCUGGAGCAUCGUUGCACUACUCAAGGACUGCAUUCCUCAAUAUUACCUUGGACACUGGAAACGACUUGAAAAUAUGAGACAAUACAUCAGAGACCACAAUCUACCCCUUAGUCUGGCUGGGUCCUCUUAUGACGGCGUCUCGGUCAAUGAUGUCAUCUUCAGUGGACGGACGGCAGCAGAGGGCCUUGUGGGAAAAGUCUAACCAGACGUUCAGGUUCCAACCAUGGAUAUAAGCUUAUAUUGUGAAGAGAUCUUGUUUUUUUUCCUCAUCGCAUUGCGUUCUACAUUUACUUUUGCUUUUACACAACUGUAUCACAACCGGCCAUGAUUGGGAGUCCCAUAGGGCGGCGCACAAUUGGCCCAGCGUCGUCCGGGUUUGGCCGUCAUUGUAAAUAAGAAUUUGUUCUUAACUGACUUGCCUAGUUAAAUAAAGGUCACGCAAUAUCCUUGAUUUAUAAGCAACAUAUUUAUGAAGUUUUCCAUUUCUAUCUCAUUUGGACAAAGUACAGCUUAAACCUCUAGAGAUGAUUCUAUCAGAAACAAACUCUGUCUGAGACAUCACCACUAGCCUGGAAAUCACAGGUAACCCACAGAACAGUUCUCGUUCUAAUAAAAUAUUGUUUUUGAACUAAAGGGCUGGAUGAAGUUAUAUGUAGUCACUAUGUAAAAGGGAACCACAAUCUGAACUGUUUUUGGGUGAUCUGUCCCCGUAAGCUUACUUCAAGGAUUUAAUUUUCAGAAUGUAGAGUAACAUUUUAAAUUCAGGAUGAGAUUUCAUCUUUUAGUUAUGGUGCCUUUUUGCUAACAGAAAUUACCACCCCUUCAUGAAUGUACAGGCAUAUUUGAUGUGGGAGACAUGUUAAAGAUGUGAUAAUCAGUGGUGUGUAUAUCCCUACUCUCCCUACUCAGCCAUCUAUUUUUUUACCCUAUCCUCUCUGUGAAUAUAGCAGACAAAAAUCUAUUAUUAAUAUUAUGGUAAAGUAUGUGCGCUGAUGUUUCAUCACCGUGGUAACAGAACCGCACAGACUGAUGUGAUGAUCUCGAUAUGGUGAUCUAUUAUGUAUUUGGAAUCUAAUUACAGUAAUGGAAACUUUAAUUUAUAGCGUGUACGUACAGUGGCAAGUGGAUGGCUUGAUAAUGUAUUUUUAUACAAGUUUAUUAAAUUAAACUGUAUUAUUUGAAGAAUGUUGCAGAGCAAUAAAUAUGAUGCUUUAUCA